AUGCUCGCGCUCACGCUGCUGUCCGCAUUUCUGGCCGUCGGCCAUGCUCUGCCGCUGGCCGCUCGCGGCCUCACCAACGACAGCCUCGCUGCCGAUCUCAAGACCAUCGCCCCCACCACGGCGACCUGCGACGCCAGUGCCGAGUACGGCAAUGAGUGCCGCACCAACGUCCAGGCGGCGGCGCCCAUUCUCAACUCGUUCAGCAAGUACGGCAUCGACAACGUCAACGAGCGGGCGGCGGUGAUCGCGCUCAUGCUCUACGAGAGCGGCCAGUUCAAGUACAACUGGGGCCACUUCCUCAACGGCGCGGACCAGCACGAGCCGGGCAAGGGCACGCGCAACAUGCAGUCGGCGACGUUCAACGAGGAGUACGCGCGCACGCUUUUCUCGGCGGACGAGGUCGACAAGGCCAAGGCCAGCGCCAACGGAGCCGACGCCGUCCUCCAGCUGGUCAGCCCCGACAAGUACAGCUUCGCGUCGGCCGCGUGGUUUCUCAAGAACAAGUGCGACGCCACGCAGCGCACCGCUCUGCAGUCGGGAUCUCAGGAUGGGUUCCAGAGCUACGUCACUGACUGCAUUGGCGGCACCAUGGACCAGGACAGGAUCGACUGGUGGACCAAGGCCAAGGCCGCUUUGGCUGGCUGA